UCACCUUACAGAGUGAAGAAAGUGGAAAGAAGUGAACCUACAUUAGAAGUGUCAGAAUUUCAUUUGGUUAAAAGUGGCAUAUCUGAUCAAGAUACAGUUCAUGUGCAGGAAAUAGCUAGAAUUUUAAGGAAAAAAGGUCAUCAUAUUGAGAUUGCAAGGAACAUAGAAACAGCAAAAAAGAAUAUUCGUGUAUUACCAAAACCAUUGGAGAAACCUGCAGCAGAAAGGAUAAAGAGAAUAGUUGGCUUUGAAGGUACAAAGAAAGAACUAAAAAAAUGGAACGCAGUAAUAAUGAAGAACAGAGUAGCAGACUCACUUCAGUUUCCUUUGAAUCAUUCGUCAUUAAAAUUGGAAUCAUCUAACGAGUUCGUAAAAAAAUUUAGAAUUCAAUCAGAUCUAGAGAAAGAACUUGCUGCAUUAGAACCACAGAAAGAAAAUAUUGAAGAGAAAGACGACGAGUUCUCUUUGACAUUAAAAGAAAUUGCUAUUAAGAGAAAAGAAGCUGCGAAAAUUAGAGCACAACAGUCGUAUAAAGAAGCAAAGGCACGGCGUCAAAACAAGAUUAAGAGUAAAAAAUUUCAUCGCGUGCAAAAGAAGGAAAAGAUAAAACAGCAAUUAAAAGAAUUUGAACAACUGCAAAAAACUGAUCCAGAAGCUGCGUUGGAAAAACUUGAACAAUUGGAUAGAACUAGAGCAGAAGAACGAAUGUCGUUAAGACAUAAAAAUACAGGAAAGUGGGCUAAGUCUAAGCAAAUCAGAGCAAAAUAUGAUAAAGAAACUCGACAGGAACUUGCCCAACAAUUGUCAGUUAGUCGAGAAUUGACUCAGAAGUUAAAAAAGCCUGACGACAGCGAAGAAGGAGAGGAAGACGAUAAUAUUCCUAUACAAUCCUUAACUAACGAUAAAGAAAAUCCCUGGGUAGGGAAUGUUAAGACUGAGUCAGAGAUUAAUGAAUUUAUCCAAAGUUAUCGGAAGUACUGGGAAGGUCAGAAUAAACAUACGCAAGAUAAAGAAAUAAAUGAUAUUACUAAAAUUACAACGGAAAAUAUACUGACUGAUUCAUCGAAAAAUGAAAAAAUCCGUAAUGCUCCCAUUAAAAAAAAUUCUAACAUUAACAUCGAUUCUUCUGAAAUUAAAGUUAAUGACGAGAAGGCCAACAAUGAUAAGAACUCCACUGUGUCAGAUUUGAAAUCUCAUUUCAUUUUGAAAGGUGAAUAA